ACUGAUUGUUAUUUCGUCUUAUGUCAACGUAAAACAGUGAAGUUUGACACAAUCUGAAUCUACCACUGUAAACUAAGCAAAACAAAACAACAGAUUAAAGGCGCAUUAAUCAUUUCCCCUAAAUUAUGGCUUUAACUUUAAGAAGAAUAUCAGUUAAUAGUGGCUUUAGGAGGGCAAUUCACCACGUGACUUUAAACUCAGUGAAAGGGCAAAGAUUUUACAGCAACAUGUCAAAAGAAGAAAGAAAAGGCGUUGACCCAGGUGCAGGUGGGACAGUGAUUUCUGAGAGAAGGGGUACGGUGAUGGUUAUUGGGAUUAACCGCCCUGAAGCGCGUAAUGCAGUUAAUCAAGAGACUGCUCAGAGAUUGACCGAGGAGCUGUCAGCCUUUGACCAGGACAACAGCCUUAAUGUGGCAGUGCUUUAUGGAGUCGGAGGGAAUUUCUGUGCUGGUUUUGAUCUGAAGGAGUUGGCCCAGAGCUCUGGUUCUCUCAAACUGGAGGAAGAUGUCUCCUGUUGUCCUGGUCCCAUGGGUCCGUCUCGUAUGAGGCUCUCAAAACCAUUGAUCGCAGCAGUCAGUGGGUACGCUGUGGCUGGGGGUCUUGAGCUGGCCCUGCUGGCUGACCUGAGGGUGGUCGAGGAGAGCUCCAUCAUGGGUGUUUUCUGCCGCAGAUUUGGUGUGCCAUUGAUUGAUGGGGGUACGGUGAGAUUGCCACAGCUGAUUGGUCUCUCGCGAGCACUAGAUCUCAUCCUCACAGGACGACCGGUGAAGGCGCAAGAGGCUUUAACAUUUGGACUGGCAAACAGAGUGGUGCCUGAUGGCCAAGCACUUCAAGUGGCUCUUGAACUUGCUGAACAGGUCAGCGCAUUUCCACAGCUCUGUCUCCGUGCUGACCGUGACUCCGCCUACCACGCUGUCUUUGACUCCUCCUCCUUCACCCAGUCCAUGCAGUAUGAGUUUGACCAUGGCCUGCCAGUCAUUGUAGCUGAAGCAGUCACUGGAGCAACAAAAUUCACCUUAGGUGCUGGGAGAGGUGGGACGUUCUCUAAGAGUAAACUGUAAAUGGCCAGAUGAACGGACGUGAGACAGUGUGUAACUAAAUAAUGCUGUAUUCUGUAAUUGUUAUGAAACCAGUAUGCUGUGACAAUUUAAAUAUUACUUGACCAUUUUAAAACUUGUAUAUCAUGAAGAGAUGUGCACUUGCCUUAGAUCAAGUUCCCAUUAGCAAUUUUUUUUUUUUUUGCUAAUCAAAUAUAUUAAAGAUCAUACUGAAGUUUGUUUUUUUUCAGGGGAUUUGUCAUGCAGGUUUGUAAAUGCAGUUCAUGAGUGGUUUAUUUUGCAGAUGCUGUUAUGUACUGUAUACUUUCACUGAUCAGCCACAACAUUAAAACCACCCGCCCAAUAUUGUAUUGGUACACCUCGUGCUGCCAAAACAGCUCUGAUGCGGAAAGGCAUGGACUCCACAAGACCUCUGAACGUGUCCUGUAGUAUCUGGCAACUAGAUAUUAGCAGCAGAUCAUUUAAGUUUUUCAACUUGCAAGGUGUGGCCUGGCCUCCAUGGAUCGGAUUUGUUGGUCCAACACAUCCUACAGAUGCUCAAUCAGAUUAGGCCACGGCAACACCUUGAACUCUUUGUCAUGUUCCUCAAACCAUUCCUGAACAAUUUUUGCAGUGUGUCAUGGAGCAUUAUCCUGCUGAAUGAGGCCACUGCCAUCAGGGAACACCAUUGCCAUGAAGGGGUGUAUGUGGUCUGCAACAAUUUUUAGGUAGGUGGUACAUGCCAAAGUGACAUCCACAUGAAUGCCAGGACCCAAGGUUUCCCAACAGAAAAUUGCCCAGAGCAUUACACUGCUUCCUUCCCAUACUGCAUCCUCUUGCCAUCUUCAGUAACACACAUGCUCCUGGCCAUCCAUCUGAUCUGAAACGUGAUUCAUCAGACCAUGCAACCUUCUUCCAGUGCUCCAUGGUCCAGUUCUGUCGCUCACUUGCCCAUUGUAGGUACUUUCGGCAGUGGACAGGGGUCACCAUGGGCACUCUGACCAGUCUAUGGCUAUGCAGUCCCAUAAGCAGUAAAUUAAUAUGCACUGUGUGUUCUGACUGCUUUUGUAUUAUGGCCAGCAAUAGGUUUUUCAGGAAUUUGAGGUACAGUGGCUCUUCUGUGUGAACGGACCAGACAGGCUUGCCUUCGCUCCCCAUGUGCAUCAGUGAGCCUUGGGCACCCAUGACCCUGACACUGGUUCACCAAUUGUCCUUCCUUGCACUACUUUUGAUAGGUAAUAGUAACCACUGCAUACCAGGAGCACCCCAAAAGACUUGCCGGUUUGAUAAUGCUCUGACCCAGUCAUCUAGCUUUCAUUUUUUGGCCCAAGUCACUCAGAUCAUUUUGCUUACCCAUUUUUCCUGCUUCCAACUCAUACAAUUCAAGAACUGACUGUUCACUUGUGGCCUAAUGUAUAAUCACACCCAUUGAUAGGUGCCACUGUAACAAUAUAAUCAAUGUUUAUUUACUUAACCUGUCAGUGGAUUUAAUGUUGUGGCUGAUCAGUGUACUACAGUCUCAGUCCUCCAGGAGCAACCUGGAGUUCAGUGUCUUGAUAAAGGGCAUAAUGGAAAUUAUCCUUACAGUGCUCAAACCUGCAAACUUGAUUACCAACUCUCAAAAGUGUGUUCUUAAAAUAUUUGUAUUUGCAGGAAUAGAGGGGUCAAGCAAACAUUGGAAAAAAAAACAUGCAUUGCCUUCAUAUCCUUCCUAUAUAUAAAAAAAGAACAGAUAUGUGGGAGUGCAUGUGUCUUUAAAGUGAGGCUUUGUCUAGACAGUAUGAUGACAGGAAAGUUAGUCUGUUAACCGACCCCACACAGACUCACGCACAGGCCAUUCAUCACGCUACUGACAGCCGAUUAGCAACUGACCCUUGAAGAAUGGAUGAGUUCAAACAUGAAUGCUGCACUUUUGCAUUCCUUAAUGCUGCACUUUCCUCUCAUCCUUUCUGUGAUCGUACCCCCUGAAAUGAAUGUGACACUUUUUGAUCAUUUCAAGUCAACUUGUUACAGCCAUUUAUUUUAAAGUGACCAUGAAAACAAACAACUACCACAGCAUCUUGCUGUUGCAGAUGGUGCAAUGGAAUGUAUGAAAUGGCGUGCUGUAUGCACAUUUUGUCUUAUGGCUGUGUGCAAGUGUGUGUUUAACACUUUCAGCUAUCAUUUGAAAUGCAUUUGCAGAGGAAUGCUCAGCUUUUAUCUUGUCACUGUCUGUUUCCUUUCACUUUCUGAGAUUGUUUAUGUCUUAAAGGACUAGUUGACUCUAGUAUUAUUACUUUUAUUAUUUACCCUCAUGUUCCUCCAA